AUGGAGUACUAUAAGUUGUUGAGUCGGAGGGAGGAAGAAGCUGCACAGAUGCGGGCUGAGGCGGAGAAGUUGGUUAGAGCUGCUCGGGCAGAAUUGGAAAAAACACUUUCCAAUGAGCGCAAGACAUGGAAAGAAUCUUGGGCUAAACAGAAUGAAAAUCUGUUUCGUGCUCACCAGGAGUUGGCCAAUCUGAAGGCAGCAAAUGCUGCUUUGACCAAAGAGAAGGCUGCGGCCGAGGCGGCUGCAGGCAGGGUUAAGGAGGAUGAGGCCUGUAACGCGAAGGCUCUUGAAGAGGCCAAGAAGGCGGGGGCUCGUUUUGCCAAUGCCCUUAAUGAAGCGAAUGCUGACCGCACUCGCUUAAACCAGACCGUUGUGAGCCUACAGGCUGAGGUUCAGACUCGUGAGGCCAAGCUUGCAGACAUUACUGCCCGAGUGACUGUAGCGGAAGAGCGGGCUAACGAGGUUGUCGAGGCCAGGGACGCCCUAACCUCGUCGUUUAACCAGCUUGAGGCUGACCGUGAGUGGAUGCGGAGUCACGGUAUUGCACAUAUUGUUAAAGCUAUUAUGGACGCGCCUGAGACCACAAUUGGUAUAGACUUGAUUAAGCAGCGUGCCCGUGAUGCUGGUUUUAAAGCUGGUUAUAACCGUUGUAUCGGCCAUAUAAACGUUUUGUCUCAAGGCGGUUACACUAAUGAACGAUCCGGGUUUCGUGAUGUGGACACCGAAGCGCUUCUUGAGGCGGCCGUUGCAUCAUUUUAUGACAUGUCUUUCUCUUCUGUUGAGAAGCUUGAUGAAUGCUUAGAUGCAGUGGACUAUGUAGACCGGUUGCGGAUGCUAUAUACCGACGCGGAAUAGGAAAAUACUGCUGAUGGCGGCCAAGAUGGCGCGGGUACCAGUGGUAUAAAA